AUGUAUGGUAUAGCCUCAGCUGAGCCUUUCAAGAUGAGAAUACCAUCUCCCGACCCCGAGCUCUCCGGCGCGGCUCUAUCAAAAGAGGUUCCGGAUGAUCCUAGUCGUACAGGUACUAUCUACGCAGAUCAGUUCCUAGCCCAUAAAUGCCCCCCGAACUUCGAUGACCUUCAGCGACGACAGUUUUUCUGUGUCCUUGAUUUGCGAAGACUGAAAUACGCUGCUGAUGAGAUCUUUGCGAAGAAGGAUUGGAAGCUGAACAUAAUGAACUUCGCGAAGGAAUAUGAGAAGAGCAGGGGAUUAAUCAUGCUACGAUACGGGCUGUAUGAAUUCAAGAACGUGAAGCCAUCGGAAGAGGUGCUCAAGAGGUGGAGAGCAGCCCACAACUUACCGGAGCCGGAGCCGCAAGCGGAGAAAGCGGUACCGGCAACUCCGGUCCAGAGUAAUCGUCGUCCUGGGGCUUUGGGCGCCGUGUCGACGAAGCGCAAGGCCGAGGAUGAUUUGGCGCCAAAGGAUAACGCCCUAAUGGCAUCUACUGCCAACCAGAAUAAGCGUCGCAAUGUUGCUCAAGAACAGACCGAAGCCGCUCUUACGGGACCUGCUCCCUUCAAGAAGAGUAAGCGUAAGGCUGACGAAACUGAUGAACCAGAUGAGAACCAACCCAAUAAAGUACAAAAGGCCACCCCAACCGCCGCCAAAUCCAAGUUUGAGAGUAUCCUCAACAGGGCGCAGAGUGGCAGUACUUCACCCGUCAAGAGGGCCCCCCUAGCCCCCUUUGGAUCUCAGAAGCCGAGCGAAUCCCAGAACAUCAACCUGAACGGCAAAUCAAAUCCGUUCGCAGCAUCUACCAAUAUAUUCAAACCCGCGACAGUUGAGACUGUUGAAGAGAGUAGCACCACUGGGUCAGUGCUUACCGGACACAAGGUUGGUUCAGUACCAGCCAAAGGCACUAGUAACAUAUUCAGCUAUUUGUCUGAAAGCUCUGCGAAUAAUAGCAGCAAUGAGAAUGGCAAUGUCGAUGGCGGCGACACUGAAACCGAGUCGGAAGGGGAAGAAGAAGCAGCGGAUAGCCAAGAGGCGUCACAGAGUGCCCAGCCCAGUGUUGCUAGUAGUGCCGGCACAAACACCCCUUCUACCCAGAGCGGAUCAGCUCUAUUUUCCACCAGUAACACUACUGCCGCUUCCAAUAUCUUUGGUAGCCUGACCAAGUCCAGCGAUCUCACUUCUAAAGGAGGUCUCUUCGGGCGAGUUCAAAUGGGGUCUAAUGGACAACCGCUUCGAGGUACAGUUAAUGAAGAAGAGGAAAGCGCUAACCAGGGAGCCUCUCUCUUUGGAGGAUCCUCUAAUGGGGGCAACGGGGGCAACGGGGCCCCCAGCUUCAGCUUCACUCAAGCAACGCCAAACCAGAACAUCUCGAAUCCAUUUGCUCCCAAACCGACAUCGUCCUUUUCAGGUACAGGGAGCUUCUUGCAGGCUGGCGGUGACUUUACAGGUACCAGCUCAGACUCACCAUUCCCUGCGCCCUCUAGCAUAGGUACAACUCCAGUGAACGGCACACCAGAGCCACAGACUCAGCACGAUGACGAAGAAACUCCACAAGAGCAGAUAUCACUCAUCAAUGGCGGGCCAGGUGAGGAGGACGAGAUGAUCUUGCACGAAGUGCGCGCCAAGGCUAUCAAGUUCGUGCCGAUAGUUAAAGGCAGCGACGAUGAAGAGGAGAGGAAGUCACCAUGGUCAACUCAGGGAGUGGGACCGCUACGCAUUCUUAAGAACAAGACAAGCGGGACCGUCCGUGUGUUACUACGUGCCGAGCCGAGAGGCCACAUCGCGAUGAAUAAAGCCAUCCUCUCAGACGUCGAAUAUAAAGCCAAGGAGAAGACGGUCAACUUUGUAGCAGCAAACGACGAGGGAUCUGGUCUCGAAACGUGGGUUCUGCAGGUCAAAAAGCCAGAGUCUGCGCAGCAGCUGGCUGGUAUAUUGGAAGCAAACAAGAGCGCGAACAAGAAGUAG